AUGGUCGCUCGGAAUUUCUUUGGCAUUCUCCUGCUCGCCAUCGAGCCGGCGGCUAGCAUGCUGUAUGCCAUGGACAUCAUCGCACGAUACGACCACAAGGGUGGAAUGCGCGUGACAAAGGAAGUGUUUGCCCAGGACCUCAACACCCUGAAGAGCCUCGCUGAGAAUGGCUUCCAGACGGAUGGGACUUGCUCGCACGACUUGUGUGUAGCACCCGCAGACCUGGAGGCCAAGCGUAGGGAGAGUGAAAGGCGCAAGGCCGAGGUGAAUGAGGAAGUUCGGAGGAUCGAGCUCGAGGAAGCUGAAGCCAACGCGACAAAGGCUGAAGCAGAAGCGCGGCGAGCAAAGGCGCAGGCCGAAGCAACAGAGGCCGAAACACGCCGAGCCGAAGCGGAAACACGCCGAGCCGAGGCUGAAAGGCGUCGGCUUGGAGCAGAGGCCGCGCAGCGCGCGGCAGAGGCUGCUGCACGCCGAUCCACCUUCGGCUUCCGCUCAAGCGGUGACCCUAUCCUAUGUGCCUACAACAAGUCCAGCGACGAAGUGAUUCAGAAGUCCUGUGUGAACUACACGGGGCCAGCCGUGGUGACGUGCUACGACCACGACGGUUUGCAGAAGCUCAUCUGGGUUGGAGUCAGCAACGAAGAUGGAUCCAACCGACAAGGUGAAGACGCCUGGUGGGUGGCUGAAACGCUGGCCUUGACUGUUUCAACCGGCAAAUGGUCGUAUGAAGACGUCACAGGCAAGCACAUUGCCGAUGUCUCUUGCGACACAGCAGAGGGGGGCAACGCUACUGUGCUGACGACUCCGCCAAUGUCCUUCCUGAAGACUUUCCGGAACAGCAAGACCUUCCUGGUUCACACCCUACAGCCGCGAAUCAUUCCAGGCCCCAAGUACAGCUUCAUGCAGGACAUGUUGAGCGACAGUAAGCUGUCGGACCUCGUGUACGAUGAGCACAAUGCAAAGAACUGGAUCAACGCACUCCUCAUGAUGCUUGGGCAUGCAACGGAACAUGAUAUUCGCUCGAAGGCACUUGGUGAGAUCGCAAAAUAUGCUGUGGUUUAUGGAGUUUCACAGGCCCAAAAGAAGCAGGGCACAAGUCAAUCCCAGUUUGCUUGGCUUCCCACAGCAGUGUCUGUGUGA